AUGGUUGAUAAAGUCAAGAGAACUACCAACAAAUCUGCCAAAGAGGGUUCAAAUUUGACUCUACAGUGUUUCCAUUGUGAUUCCUUGUUUCCUCUUCCUGCUGGAGUGUCUGAUGAGAGUUAUGAAUUCAUCAUAACAGCUAACAAUUUAAAAUUCUUCUGCGACGCUUGUUUGAAAAAAUUCUCUGUGGAGAAACAGUUUUAUAAAAAAUUAGAACAGAGUAAAUCAGAGAUGGUAGAAGAAAUGAAAAAAUUAAAUGAUGUAAAUAAAACAAUCAUAUCUGAAGAGAAACAGUUUCACAAAGAACUUGAAAAGGGUAAUUCAGAAAUUAUAGAAGAAAUGAAAAAAUUAAAUGACAUAAAUAAAAAAAUCAUAUUUGAAGUUGUUGCAAUUAGAGCCGCUAUUGAUGGAAAUGAAAGCAAACUUACGCAUAUAGAUACAUCUGGUGCCAAGCUAUCUGGUGAGAUUGCUAGUUUGAAGUCUGAAUUAAAUAGGUCAUUUGCCAGUGUCGUUAGUGGUGAGAUGAAAAAAGGCGUUCAAUCAAUUAAUCAGGACGUGAAAAUUGUUCAAAAAAAGUUGCAGGAUGUUUUCGAUAAUAAGGAAAGAGAAGCUAAUAUAAUAAUGUUCAAUUUGAAGGAAGGAUCAGACGACAAUGCAAGAGUCUGCCAAAUAUUGGAUCAUUUGACUGAAGGGGUAUGCGGAGAAAAAAAUGUUCUGAAAAUGAUGAGGUUGGGCAAAAAAAAUGACAACGCUAUUAGACCAAUUUUGAUUAAAUUUAAUAAUAUUGAAGCUAAGUCACAUGUUUUCAACGGCAUUAGAAAAAUGAAAACUCUGAAAGAUGAUUUGGCUUGUACUAGAUUAGGCCACGAUCUCAGUAUCGAUCAAAGAGCUGUACUUAAAAAGUUGCUCAAAGAAGCCAAGGAGGCGGAGGAGGGUUGCAAGCAAGUGGUGAUUGGGUUGUUGAAUGUGAGAUCAAUUGCGUCUAAGGUGAAUGGUAUUCAUGGAUUGAUAUGUGAUGGGCUUGAUAUCUUGGUGCUUACUGAGACUUGGCAUGGUGUGGUUGGUAAUAAUUCAGUUCGGUUGGCUAUGCCACCUGGGUUCUGGUAUGUUGAUUAUGUUAGGCAGCACGAUCCAGGUCAUGGUGGCUUAAUUGUAUAUUUCCGUAAAGAUUUUGGAUAUAAAAAGUUAGUCUUGCCAUUAUUUGCCACAUUUGAGGCUGUUUCCAUCAGGUUUUCGACUAGUGGGUAUCAGUUUAUUUUACUUGCCAUUUACAGACCGGGCUCUGCACAAAUUUCUUCUUUGUUUUUUGAUGAACUGAUAUCUGUUUUAGAAUAUGUUACGAUGUUAAAUGCCAAUAUUUUGAUGAUGGGGGAUUUCAAUGUGCACAUUGAAAGAGUUAAUGACAUACACACAGUCCGUUUGAAUGAAAUACUUGAUGCAUUUCAAAUGAUCAGUCAUGUACAUGAACCAACUCACGAGCAAGGUGGUAUUCUUGAUCUGGUUAUUAGUUCAAGCAAUUUUCCGAUUUUGGGAGUUGAAAUAUUUCCAAGUGGAAUAUUUUCAGAUCAUGAUAAGAUUGCAAAGAUUGUGCAUUCUGUUAAUUCAUCUAGUGUUUCAACCUCGUUAUUAGAAGAUAGAGAGUCACCAACUGUUGCAUUGACAUCAUUUCCUGAAAUCGCUGAGGAGGACCUUGUGAAGAUUAUACUUGACUCUCCGUCUAAAACUUGUUCACUUGAUAUCAUGCCAACACACAUUUUUAAGAAAUAUCUAAAGUGUGGGGAACCAGCCUCAGUAGUUUUAAGACCAGUAUUCAUGUGGUGGGCCUCACCAACGGAAAUGAAUGCCGGCUAUGGGGAGAGAAGAUCGAAUCAACCUGAGAUUGAAUCGACCGGGAUUGAUAAAUUUGUUAAGCUCUGA